AAUAAAUAUGAUGCUGCUUUCCAAAAACAACUGCUACAGAAAAGGAAAAGGGAACUGCACGCUUCUAACGGGAACGUCCCUUUCCUGGUCACGGUCCCUCGGAUUGCAGCUCACCGCCUCUCCAAGGACUCUCGCUGGAAGCCAUGGCGUCUGUCCCCUCCAUCGGCUGUCUUCUGGCCAGGAAUCAGUACUACCGAAAACUGAGUAUUUCUUCCGUGAGCUCACUGGCUGGUCCUGAUUCUGCUAACAUCAUAGACGACGAGAAGCUGCUACAAGGGCUCCCGGAAGUGGCAGAAUCCACCUGGUGGUUUAAAUCCUUUUUCUAUUCUGAACCUGUGCUUUCAAACGUGAGAAGCAAAGAUCUGUCUGCCAGUGGCUCCCACAGUUGACUUUGAAAUGAAGAUGUCUCCUGGCUUUGGAGCUGCAGAGUUGAGCCCUGUCCUCAGCGCGCCAGCUGCUCCGGAGGACUCCUCUGACUUAGACCUCGUCUAUGUCAGAAAGCCAGCAACAUAGCGAAAGAAGUUGGUGCAGCUCUCUCCCUGCUCAGAGGGUGGCUGGAGAUGGCAUCCGCUUCCGGGAGAAAAGGCAAUGUGCUUUCAGAGACAUGUGUCAUUUUAAAGAAUACAAGAGUUUUUUUCAUUAUGUAUAUUAUUUUUACCUAGAAAUUUCAGUUGGACUCUUUUUAUGUCUGUUGAAUGAUUUAUAACGUUUUGAAGUUGAAGCAUCUGUGUUCCAUGUAAUAGUUUAGGGUACUGGGUUGCGAAGUCUAGAAAGGAAUUAAAGUUGUAUUUCUAAUGAUAAAAGUUGGAAGUGGUAAUACAUGCUUUAGUGAACCACAUUUUAAAUACACCACUAUGGAUCAAAGUGUCUAUGGCUUAGAGUUCAGGAUCUUAAUAUGUUAAAGAAGUAUGGUGAUACAAUGUUGAGGAAAAAGUGCAAUGAUCUAAAUAUACAGUGUGGUUUUAGUUUUAUUAAAGAGUUAUGAAUAAUCAGAAUAGAUUAGAAGGAAUGAAACUGAAAGGAUUAUGGUGGUUAGUUCUAGAGAUGAAGUAAGGAACAAUUAUAACUUGCUUCUUCAUGUUUUUUGUACCUUCAUAUCUUCUAAGAUGAAAAAUUUUGUAUAUAAAGACAAAAUAAUGAAUGCUAAUGUAAAAAUAAAUACUGAAAUAAAUGUUUCGGA